GCGACUCAAAAUGGACGAUCUGUUUGGCGAUCUUCCUCCACCCUCAGGUGGAAAUAACGUGUCGGGUUCAGUCGGAAAUUUGUACGAGGACCUUCCUUCAUCGGAGAGAAGUGAAGAAAAGAAUUCGAAAAGGAAACUAGAAGCUACUGGAGAAGAUCCUUCCACCCCAGCAAAAAGACCACUAAAACAAUCUAAAUACAAACUAAGGGGCUUUGCUGCGGAAAGGAAAGGAGAAAGAAAUGACAUGCAAGAUGCUCAUGUUAUUAAUGAUGAUUUCAUGGAAGAGUUUGGUACAGAGAAACCUCUUGGAAUUUCCAAUAUGUGUUACUAUGGAGUGUUUGAUGGACAUGCAGGCCCUAAAGCAGCUCAGUUUGCAGCAGAACACUUGCACAAGAACAUUGUACUCAAGUUUCCAAAAGGAGAAGCAGCUAACAAGGACAGAGAGAUAAAAAGAUGUUUAACAGAUGCUUACAAAAAGACUGAUGAUGAGUUUCUACUGGAAGCAUCAAAGGCGUCACCAGUUUGGAAAGAUGGAUCAACUGCCGUCACAGCUCUUGUUAUGGAUGACGUUUUGUACGUGGCAAACCUUGGUGAUAGUAGGGCACUUCUUUGUCGCUGUGGUGAAAAUGGAGAGACAUCAGUGGUUUCUCUCUCCAAAGAUCAUUCUCCAUCUCAGUACGAGGAAAGGAUGCGAAUUCAAAAGGCCGGAGGAACUGUCAGAGAAGGUCGAGUUCUUGGCGUCUUAGAAGUGUCGCGUUCGAUCGGAGAUGGUAGAUUCAAGAGAUGUGGUGUCAGCUGUAUCCCGGAUGUCAUGAGGUGCACUCUGACAGAUAAUGACAGGUUUUUGCUUCUGGCUUGCGAUGGUCUUUGGAAGGGAUUUUCCGUAGAUUCUGCGUUAAAGUUUAUCAACGACAUUUUGGAGAAAGAAAAUUUCGAAGAAACCGAAACGAUCAUUAACAAUACAGGUCUGGAAGAUGUACAACUCGACCCAGUCUCUGCACGCUUCCAGGAGGCGUGUCACAAAAUCGCCAGCGAGGCUAUCAGGAAUGGAAGCUCUGAUAACGUGACUGUGAUGCUGGUAUCAGUUACAAAGCAGUAAAGAGUUCUGCCACCCACCUCCUCACCCCGUCCAUCGUUGGAUCUUCAUUUCGCCAAUAAGAGUAACCGUUUCAAGAUAAACACUAUUAAUCGCUUGCAGUGAAAGAACGAAAUUGUCACUAAUUGCGUUGUAUGUGUUGUGUCACAAGGCAGAGGUCCAUUUGAUCGUAAACGUAGCUUGUGGAGAUCUUCCAAGAGAGAGCCAUGAUCAAAGCAAACUGUCAAACUGGCUGAAGUGAAGAGGGUCAUAAAUUGCACAUUCUGGACCAACGAGUUACUUUAUUUUCCAACUCGCACAUUUACACUUUACAUCUGUAAGCUACACGUAGUAUGUCUGUAAAUAGAUAGUUCAAAAUUGAAAACAAAUUCCAUUA